CGUCGUCCUGAAGAACCGCGGCCGCGAUGGCCACCCCCGGACACCCACCGACAGCCUCUACCAGCCUUGUUUCAUUCUGUGUUGGCGAACUCUUUCAUAGUUUCACCGACCUGGAGGACAAAAUCAAGUCUUACAAGGAACAGGCAUUUUGUGAGUUGUGGAAGCGGGAUGCCAGGACAAUUGCAGCAGCCAGGAAGCGCAUGGGAAGGCCAAUGAAGGAAGAGUUGAAGUAUUAUGAGUUGAAGUACUGCUGUAUUCACGGGGGGCAACCGUUCAAGGCCAAAGGCAGAGGGAUUAGGAGUACUUCCUAAGCCAUAAUUAUACCUACUCAUGCAUCAUUAAAGAAAAUAGAGAUGAAUAAUUAUAUUGUUCACACAAGUGAAGGUGAGCGGAGUGUUAGUCUUUCACAUUGCAAUUGCACUUUCAACACCGCCAUGUCAUUACCAUGCCGGCACAUGUUUGCAUUGCGAGCCAUGCUUGAAAAGCCACUGUUUGAUGAAAAUCUUUGUGAAAAGCGUUGGACACUCACUUACUACAGAGUUGCAAGUGAAGCUUCACACGUGCAUUUUCAGCGACGGCUUGAUCUUCUAGGGGAUUUCAUUUCACAAUGGAAAAGUGCACAUGAAGUCACCAUCACUGAAGUGGUUACAGAUGAAGAAAGUGAGCUGGAGAAUGACAAGAGUGACGAUGAAGUGAUUUGUUCCUCUGUGGACUCUGAGAACCCCAGCAACCAUGCAUCUGACGAACAACCUGGACCCAGUGGUUUCUCCAGCAAGGAAAUCCCUCAGAACUGUGAUCCCUGUGAGGAUGACGAAGAAAGAACACUAGGGCUAACUGUGCCUCCACUAGUCAAGAAAAGAGGACGUCCAAAGGGGCAUGGGUUAACAACGAUUGGCCUUCCAGCUAAACGUGCUAGAAAAGAACUUCUACGUUACAAGAAGCCGUGCAGUUUUAGCAAACUGCACGUGUCUGAAAAAGAGAAAGUUAUAUUGUCAUGGUUUGUUGAUGAGAAAGUGGCAGAAAGAGCCCUGAAGCACAACGACCUUAUAGAGGAGGAAGAUGUCGAAUGUAAGCCUGAGAGGUUGCCUGAUUCCGUUCUUGAUGAGAAUGUGGACAUUCACCUUGCCCGAAAACACUUUACAACUGAAGCUUGAAUGUUGGUUCAAGAGGUUUUCAAGCAUAAAUCUGCUCACAUGGCCUGGAUCUGUCAUUCUUGUCACCACAACCUCCAUUCUGAGCAAUCUAUUAUUUGUGAUUCGUGCUUACUUUGGUUUCAUUUCAAAUGUGUUGGAUUAGUGAGACAGCCUAAGUGUAAGAAUUGGUUUUGUAGGUCAUGCACUGCAAAAGCCAAGUAGCAGAUCUGCGUUUUGUGUAUCAUUUGUGUGCAGUUGUUUCACAUUGUAUUGUAUUAUGGAAACCGACAUACCACACACGCCCGCGCGAACUGGCGGUGCUGUUCCUUGUAAGACU